CCGCCUGUCAGUCAGCACCACAGUAUCCUCCUCCUCCUCCUCGCUUGGCAUCAUCCCGGACUGUGCCCACCUUGUUCCAGCGACGAGCGACCCGAAAGCCAUCUGUUUGAAGUGAAUACAUCUCUCCAGCUAACGCCGCCGGUCCGGCACGCAGUUGUUGUUUUUUUUUCUUUCCUCCUCCAAAUAUUUCAGGGCUGGUUGUCGUAGCCUCGUCUUUCUAACCGUUAAAAAAUAUAUAUGAGUCAGGAUGUGAUGGGGGUGCUGUCCUGUUAUCGCUAGCUAGGCGGACAAAUUCCUUCAACCAGGCUGCUGCUUCAAUCACUGCGGCUUCGACUCAGCGUUAGCCGGGAAGCUAGCGGGCUAGCAGGGCAGCUUCGGUAGCGUCUGAUUUAGCUAGUAGUCGCCGAGAAAACGGGGCUGCGGUGCGGAUAGUGCAAUAACCGUUACCACACUAAUGUUAGCGUACCCACAACGGCUCUUUGAGUUUAUUUUAGCCUGAACUAGCUAGCUAACUGUGCACAUAUAUCAGCUGUUACGGGUUUGGAUGUCGCGACACUGCAGUUCUGAGCCACUUUUUUGGCGGAUUGUGAUUUAAAUCGGAGGCGAAAAAAGAAGCUAGCAUUGGAGCUCCGAGGGCUUAAUGAUAGAAACACGUAGCUAAUCUUGUUGUAACGUUAGCCGUAUUAAAAAGCAGAGCAUUUCGGGGGGAGAGGCCCUCGCCGUCUUCCCUGGCUCCCUCCUUCCUCCGUGUGAAUCUCUCCCGUGAUUUGGCCGAGAACGCCCGGGCGAAGUCGCAGUUGUUCUCGGCUGGGGGGACAACUUGACAGCGAGGCCCCUGGCUAGUCUCCCCUCCCCUCCCCCCUAGUCCCGUCUAUCCAUCCAUCCAUCCGUCCAAGCCAGCACGCCAGCCAGCCCCGACAUUAGAAGACCACCUCCUCGCUUGAGACCGAAGCGAGAACCCGGGGAUUCGGGAUAAACUUGAAAUCGUGGGCAAAGUGUCAGUCGGGUCCCGUCUAAACCGGGCUGCCAAAACCAGAGGGGAUGACUCUGGAGUCCAUGAUGGCUUGCUGCCUGAGCGAAGAGGCGAAGGAGUCGAAACGAAUCAAUGCAGAAAUUGACAAACAACUCCGCCGAGACAAGCGAGACUCCAGGAGAGAGCUGAAAUUACUACUUCUCGGUACGGGAGAAAGUGGCAAAAGCACCUUCAUUAAACAAAUGAGGAUCAUCCAUGGAGCGGGCUACUCCGACGAAGACAAAAGAGGCUUCAUUCGGCUUGUUUACCAAAACAUCUUCACCUCCAUGCAGUCCAUGAUCCGUGCUACUGAGACCCUCAAGAUCCCCUACAAAUUUGAACAGAACCGGUCUAAUGCCAUGCUUGUGAAGGAAGUGGAUAUUGAGAAGAUCAAUGGAUUUGACCACCCCUACAUUGCAGCUAUCAAAAGCCUGUGGGCUGACCCGGGGAUCCAGGAGGCCUAUGACCGCCGCAGAGAGUACCAACUCUCUGACUCCACUAAAUAUUACCUUAGCGAUAUAGACCGUGUGACUGCGGAGGGAUAUGUUCCCACCCAGCAGGAUGUGCUGAGGGUCCGUGUUCCCACCACGGGUAUAAUAGAGUACCCAUUUGACCUGGAGAACGUCAUCUUCAGGAUGGUGGAUGUGGGGGGUCAGAGGUCAGAGAGGAGGAAGUGGAUCCACUGCUUUGAGAAUGUCACCUCCAUUAUGUUUCUUGUGGCGCUGAGUGAGUAUGACCAGGUCCUGGUGGAGUCUGACAAUGAGAACCGCAUGGAGGAGAGUAAGGCUCUGUUCAGGACUAUCAUUACCUACCCCUGGUUUCAAAACUCCUCCGUCAUCCUCUUCCUCAACAAGAAGGACCUGCUUGAGGAGAAGAUUUCCUACUCACACUUGGUGGACUACUUUCCUGAAUUUGAUGGUCCCCAGAGAGAUGCACAGGCAGCACGGGAGUUCAUCCUCAAGAUGUUUGUGGACUUAAACCCAGACAGCGACAAGAUCAUCUACUCUCACUUCACUUGUGCCACGGACACUGAGAACAUCCGCUUUGUGUUUGCAGCUGUCAAAGACACCAUCCUACAGCUCAAUCUCAAAGAGUACAACUUGGUGUGAGGGCUCACGUACGAUGCACAUCUUCUCCCCAUUGCACAAAUGCACACUUUUUUGGGAAUGUGCUGUCAACUCCACGUGCAUUACACAGCACACCACUCCGGCUCACACACACAGACACACACACACUCUCACACACACACACACUCCAACAGAACCGUUGCUCUUUUUUUUCUUCUUCUUCUUCUUCUUCUUCUCCUUUCCAGUACAGUGAAUUCAUAGACCCUCCCACCUGCAAACGUGCCCCUCCUCUUUCACCAAAGCCUCUUCCCCAUUCUCUUGGCAGCUUGUUGUGUCAGAGUAUUCGGUCCUCCCAAAGCUGCUCCUUGUGUCAGAUUUGGCCUCGACUGCUGGCUCUGGCAUAUUUUAUCUGGCACACAAACCUUCACACGGGCUGUACAGUGACUGGAGGGGAUUUUGGUAUGUGUCUCUGUGUGUGUGUGCGCGUGUGUGUUUGUCUGUGUGUGUGUGUAUUUGGGGCAGCAUUGAUUAGCGAGGAGCUGUGUUUUGGUGAAUAGCGGCAUCAAACCCCGUGGCCCUUCGGAGUUGACUCUCAGCAGUGUGAGAUCAGAUCCUCUGCCAUCUCCUUUCUGUACUCCUGCCAUUGUGGAAGGAAGUGAGUACUGCAUCUCCUGACGCCAUCCAAGAACUAGCGGUGCUGAAGAAGAGAAACUCAUGAGUGACUCAAGUCAGGAUGUGAGGUCGCACACCAGAAACAACAGGACAGGGCAGAGGAUUCUGUCUCCACCUCGCAUCUAUGAAUGUACCCACUGGUGUGAGCAUCGCAGUCGCAAAAAAUAGAAGUAUAUAUUAUGAAGUAAAUGCAUAUGUAAACACACUUAAGACAAAAAGCACGAGGGGGGCAAGACAUAGCUAAUCAAAAUCUAUUCAUUGCCGAGAUUUUUUAAAAAUGUUUUUAAUGAUAGAAAUUUGUUGCUACGUCUAAUUCUAUUUAACAAAUACUGGCUGAAUGGAAAGAUGAUAAGAAAUGGUAAGAAAAUCUAUAAAAACUUUUUUGCAAAACAAAAAAAAAAAUCUAAAAAAGAAGCAACCAGAAAUUUACUUGACAUAAGUAUCCUUUUAAGAUCUCUGUUGUUUUAAUGUUUAGGUUAAUCACACGCUUCCCUCCUCCAGAUGUUUUCUGUAUGGAUUCACAGGGACAAUCUUCCGUGUGACCGUCACAUCUGGCUCCACUGAUCACGCGCCCUCAUUACAAAACACUAGCAGCGGGUGAGAGGAACCCUGCUUUCUGACACUGCUCUGCUCUGAUUGGUGGAAGGCGGAUGCGGAGGGAGUGUGAUGUCAUCAGUGUUAAUCAGCCCACAGAGCACAUCUGCAGCUCGGGCUGCAAGUAGCUUAUUCAAACAAAGCAACAGCUGUAAAUUAAACACAUGCCCACAUGCCGGGGUGUGAGCAGAAUCCAUGCGGGAACAUCUCUGAUGACGUCACACCUGCGUCACUCAGCCGUCCAAUCAGACACACUUCCUGACGGUGACAUAGUCAUCCAUUAUAUCAGGAUGUGCUUCUGUUUACUUUUUUCUUGCUUUCUUUCUUUUUUUUUUUUUUUACUGUGUAGUCACUUUGUUUAUAAAAAGAUUGCUUGCUGUUGAGUGAUGAGAGGAAGGGGGGGCUAUGAACCUUUCACAGAAAAACGCACUCUGAAGUCUGCAAAUGUUGUUUGUGUAUAUUUGUUUGUAAAUACAUAUACACAAAACACUCCUGUACAAAAAACGCUCUGUGGUACACCAUCUUUGGCAAAAAACAAACAAAAAAAAAAUUACUAAAAAGUAUCAACUUCUUUCAUUAGCAUACAGUUUUUUUCCUAUGAAUUUAUGGUAGUAUUGAUACUGUGAUUAUGGGUUUUGUUCACUUGAGUAAUAGGACUACACAGAACUGAGUGGUGAUGAGGAAGCGAACGGCAAGCGGCAAUAGCCAGAGAAAAGGGGUUCCUCCCAACCAGCCUCAGAACACCACACUACUGCAACAGCUCUGUCUCCAGAGUAAUACUAACUAGGGCUGGUUAAAAAAGCUUCACAGUAUGGUGACAAGAUGAUUUUAAGAGUAAUUAAAGAUUUUUUUUUAAUUUAUAUAAUUUAUGGACCAGGUUUGAAGGUGUUGAUAAUUUGACUGCUUUUGAUUCUGUCAUGUUGAAGUGCUCCUUUUCUCACGAUGGAGCCUACUUGAGUCUGAACUGCUGUAAAAAACAAAAAAAAAAAAAAAAAUCGAAUGUCUGGUAUAGUAAGGACUUUAUCUCUGCUUUCUAUUUCUUACUGAGAAAUUUCCAGUUGUACUUGCCAUCGCAUCUCCAUCCAUUAUAAUACUGUUUGGUUUCUUUAGGAGCCCUCACAUUUGUUUCUUUUUUUCUUUCUUUUUGUUUUUUUUUUUGUUUCAAAAAAGAAAAAAAACUCUGAUUUCCUCUCGGUUUAUCGAUGCAGCGCUGUAAUGCAUACCUAGAAAAAUGUACAGUACGAACAUAGGUGGACUUUUUUUUAUCAGUGAUUGGAGACCUAUGCGGUCCAUGCUUGCUGUUUGUAAUUUAACACAAAAAUUCUGUUGUUGGUUUUUUGCAUUGUUAAUUUCCAGUUUUUUGAGGCUUGCUUUGAAUAGUGCCAGUGAAGUGCAGAUAUACUUUUUUGGUCUUUGACCUUUUCUACAGGUGACUUACCCUUCAUCCUCAUUAAGGGCUAUCACAGUGCAUCAGACAGUGGGGAGUGGAGUACAGGACCACAGUGAACCAAGUCAUCCACUACUAAUACUUGUUUAUAAACAGAGAUUACUCGCAGUAUGUGCUAUAAGAAGCAUAAGCAGGGUGUUAAUGCAAAUGUAAGGUGUGUGUGUAGAGAGUUUACCAACACUAAGCAGUUUUCUUUAUGUAUUUCUUUAGGUAUCUGGUCCUUUUGGCACCUCUCUGAUCUUCACUACAUUUCAUUUGUUUGCAUUAGUAUCACAAUGUUAUCUGUAAUACCCCGUGCAGUAUAGAAACACUUAUCAGUAAAGACACUACUACCAGGAUGAGUAUUGCAUGUUUCCCCAAGUAUUUGAGUUGAACAUGUAGAGCCAAGCAAUUUCCAAAGACCAUGCUGGUGUCUUUGCAUAUAUUUCAGCUUAAACUCAUAAGUUGCAUGAAAGUUAAUGUGAAUUUAGCACAUUUUUUUUUUUCAAAAUAACACUUACCAUUUCAAGUUUUCGCAAGAAUUUGAAGGCAUCGGAUUCAACAUGAUCCCUUUUUAUAUGUAGUUUCUUGAAAUCAUUUUGGGGGCCAUUAGCCGAGAGCAAAAGUCAAUUUAAUUCAUGGCAAGCAGUGACAGAUUUUAUUCAUGCUGCUGUGAAACUGCUUUAAGUUUGCAUUUUAAUUUUAAAAUGUAAUAUAUUCCUCAAAAAUGCCAAUUAGUAAUGUAAAGUCUGAACACUAAAGUAAACCAGGGCUGAAAUAUUUUGCAGAAACGCACCAGUAUGGUCCUUAUCUGCCAUCAUUUCUGCUGAAAAUGACACUAACCUCACGCUGAGGAAAAAAAAUCGGCCAACCAAUAGACUGCUGUCAUGAAGAGGAUCAGAAAGCCAGUAUUAAAGUGGAACGAUAACCCAGUAUGCAUACCCGAGUAUUUAUCAGUAGUUGUUUUAAUAUUUCCUGUGUGUUGAGUGCAGCUCACUUUAAAUGGUGACGAACCAUGUAUUUUUUUUAAAACUUGACUCUACAACUCUGGCACAUGGUGAAGGGCCAAGUGGCUGUUAGUGUGGGUUUUGGUAGCAUGUUAGCAGUCCCAGCGUUGCACAGUGUUUUGUUUUUUUUUUUGGACACAUUUUAUCUCAACAUAUAAGAGCUGGAAAGAGGGAAGGCAAGUCUGUAUGAAAUUCAAUCUCCUUCUUUCACUCUUGUCCGAUUUUUAGCAUUAGCCAGUGAAAAGACUGCGUUGGUUUUUCAGUACAACACUUAUUUAUUGCCUUUCAUUGCCUUGAAAAGAUGAGGAUGCUGGCCCCUUGAUAUGGUUUUCAGAGCACGAUCUGUGACCUUUGGGUGGCCGUCGUUGUGUGGUGCCCCUUCCUGCGGGCUCGAUGUUGGAUUGAGUGGAGUCGAACUUAUCUUUAGACAUCAGUAUGAAGUUGGUGCAUACUCAACUUAAAGCUUGCUCCCUUUCUUUGCGAUAUUUUCUUUGUUUGACAAGACAUUACCAGAACACUAUUAUUUAGGACCACUUGAUUUAUUUUUUCCUCACUCCAAUGAAACCUGAAGGUCAACUGUGUAGUGGUGUGUAUAAAAUGCUGUUUUUUUUUUCUCUUUAUUUUGUAUGUAAACCAAAUGUAAAUUAUGUAUUAUACUGAGUGUGCCAACCCCACUCUCUCUAGAGCCAGGCUCUCUCUAAGUGCCAACGCUGUGGUCAUUAUCAGAAGGACCGCUGCCUGAGAUGGUCCCCCUUUUUAAAUAAAAUACACCAGAGACUAAAAGGAUAGAUGAUUAAGUACACACAAAGACUUUAUUCUGUAUUUAAGAUUGAAGAUUUAAAAGAUAAUCUGCUGUUUUUUAAGAAACUGUAAUUAUAAUUGCAUGUGCUGUUUAUUUUGUGUUGGAAGUGAGGGCUUGGAUGUUUUCAUUGAAGCAGAGCCCUUGAUGAAGGGGGUUCAAUCAGUUGGUUAUUAUCGAUUAUUGAUUUACAUAACUCUUGCCAUAUUUUUUUUAUGUGUUUCAUGUAUUUGUUUCAACCACUGUUGCCUGAUCCUCAUUCAAACAUGACUUAUGAUCAUUGCCGCCUUCUAAGAGAGAAACAUAAUGACAAGGUAUCUGUUUUAAAUUGAAAUAAAUUUGUUCCUAUACUUGCUGA